UCAUCCCACGCGUUGUCCUGAGUCCUGACGGACAUCGUUUUCUUAGACGGGUUGUACGUUCUUUGGAAACGUUAAAAUUAGAAUAUCCGUUAGUUUGUGGAUGAAAUUCAUUCAGUAAUAAGUUCGACGUGAUGCAAACGUGCUCUAAACUAGUGUUCGUGUGAAUAUAGAAUAAAAAAAAAAUACUUAAAUUGUGAUCACUCCGCUUCUGCUUUGGUUGUUCGGUUUGUGACCGAAUCCGAUAGUGUUUUAAAGUCAUAGGAGCUGGGGUCUGGAACGUCAACGGUCAAAACAAAGCAUAAACAUCAACUGUAAUGACUCACGGCGACGAUUUCAUUAUGAUAUCAGCACAACUGUACGUUACUAGUGACUGUUAGUCGUUAUACAACACUGCUGGCAUAUCGUCGUAUUCAAAAAUGAAUAAUAAUUCCUUAUUUAAUAUAUGUUUCCCGUUCAUCCAAGGCCGUAUUUGUGAUCGCGAGUGACACAGUUCAGCGGUGCGGUUUGCGUGUUUUCCUCAACGAACAAAGGGAUCGUCAGCUACGAGAACACGUCUCAACAUACCAGCCGUGAGGUCUACACACGUGAAUGCAUAUUAAAACGGGACGAUGGGACCGAACGCGAUUUUAUAAAGUAAUACGAAUGCAAAAAUGAUUAAAAGGAACGGUGAUAAUGUAUUUGCGAUCGCGGCGAACAAUCAGUGUCAAGGCGGCCGGAGUUCCGUCUCGCUCUUCCCCGGCGCGGCUACGAGGAUACCGCGGGCCACUGCCGCCAGGAUGACGCCGUCUGACGCGCACCAAAACACCAAGGAGGCCAACAUAGCUCUCUCAACUUACGUCGAGAAAUGGAAGACGAGAUACGAGGACUCCGAGAGGAAGCAUAAAGCCAACCUCCUCAAGUCCGAAAAAGCCAAACGUGAAUAUGACGAUCUUCUCCGUCGUUUCAACAUCGUCACCGAGGAGAGGAGACACUUGGAAGCCGAGCUGCAUGAUAGAGAGAAAGAGCUCAACAAGCUACGAGCUGUCUCCGAGAAGCUGUUCCGGGAGUACCAGCAGCUUAAGAACCAGCAUGAGAUCGAUUCAGGGGUUAUGCAAAAGGUGAUGCAACAAGCUGGAGAAUGGUACAAACAGAACAAGCAGCUGAAGAGGAAGAGCACGGCUCUCAUGAUGACUGCUGGGGCUGUGGACAUAGACCUGGACGCCACUGAUGCUGCUUCCGACUCCAGCAGUAAUGAGGAAGUGGAAUUCCUCAAGCGAACGGUCACGGAACUUAGCGAGCAGGUGGCUGCUCUACAGACAGACGCUAACGCUGCUCGCCUACAAGAGUUCGAAGCGCACGAGGCCACUGUACAACUCGCACAGGAACUUGAAGCCGAGAAGGAGAAGUGCGUGGCGCAAGAGAAACAGUUACACGAGCUCAGGAACCAACUGGAGAGACACAACAGAGUGUCCAAGCUGCUGAUGGACGAGAUGAGCGAGCUGAAGGAGAACGCGGACAAGGACAGGCAGAUGGCCGAGACAUAUAAAUCUGAAGCUCGGGAUGCGAAGAAACGUGUCAAGGUAUUGACGCAUCAGAGUGCACUGCUGAUGGGAGAGCUGGAGGUGGACGAGCGCCUGGGACUCCUGCUGGGGGAGGUGGACGCACUGAGAGACGCUCUGGAGCAGCAGACGGCUAGGCACAAGGACCAGGUGGAGGAAUUACAGCUGAAAAUAGCAGAAAAACACGAAGACACAGAUAUACUGCUCUGGGAAGAGAAAAUAAGACUUGCAGAGGAAGAUGCUCAGAAGGCUUUAGAACGAGCCGAGAAGGCAGAGAAGAAGCUAGCCGAAUUAGAAAGAAGAUUAGCGGAAGACAGGAAACCUAGGAAGUCCAACUUGAUGUCAAGAAUAAACUACUUUGAGACCGGAGGAGAAAAGAAAGAAGACGUGAAGCCAGUCAAAGAAGUUGUGAAAGAAAUUAAAAUGGAGCCUGUGGAACAAACUGAACAACCAUCACCCACUCCGCCAGCUACUCCUGCUCCCACUGCCCCCGCUCCCCCUCCUCCACCCACUCCCUGUCCUCCUCCACCUGCUCCCUCCCUACCUCCCCCUCCCCCUCCGCCCCCACCGCCGCCUCCUCCAGCUGUGUUCAAAGCAGUGUCCGUAGAGGACAUGGCGGACAUGCUGGCUACCAAAGGCGCCACCCUGAAGAAAACGAAACAGAAUGGAGGAGGUGCUAUAGAUGCUAUAGUGGAUCAAAUCAAAGGAGGCAAGUUCCAAUUGAAGUCUACAGACCAGAACUUCAUGGAGAAGAAGCCCAAGGAUGACCAGCCCGAGGCGGUGAAGGAGAUGUUACAGAUACUGGGAACACUGAGGAAGAGGAGGAACGUUAACAGACCAAAUAUUAUAAACGCAGAACACGAAUGAUUAGGACUCUAUGGAUUAUAAUAUGGAUGAUAUGAUAUGAUAAUGUCAUGAUACGAGGUCAGGAUGUCGGCGGUUGUCCUGCACUAUAUAGUAAUUCCAGUUUUCCUCUUUUCCAAUAAAGGAACUCAGAUGUUUCGGACUGAUACGUUUAAGGAUCUCCUGGAAAUGUUGUGUUUAAAAAGUAUUAUUAAAAUUUUUGAUUAUGCGAUUUUAUAUAAAUCCGGUACAGUAAUAUUUAUAUCAGAAAUAAACUAAGAGGUUUAAUGUAUUAUAAUACUGCCAAUUAUAUUUCUAUGUGUGAUAUACAUUUCUCGCCGUGCUAUGUGUACACUACCUUAUAAUAGCUUACUAGGUGACUCCGUGCCUUAGACGUGACUUAAUUUAGUUAAGAUCUGAAUUAUCUUUUGUAAUACCAAUAUUAAUUAUUUUUGUAAAACUCUUCGUUGUAUCUUAUUUUGUAGGUAAAUAUUAUUUUUAGAGAAAAAUUGCACAAUUUUUCCAACGUGUCAAUUAUAAAGUGUUGCCAUUGUAUUAAAAUGAAUAUAUUUUUAAAAUAUAAUUUUAAUUACAUAAUCUUAACGUUUUAAAGUUAUUAUAUAUAUUUUUAUAAGAAGAUCGGUUUGUUAGUUACCGUCGGUGCCAUUGAUGUUUCUAUGGUAUUAUGCAUUUUUUUACCAAGUUUUUUAUUAUUAUUAUUAUGAGCAUAAAUAUGAUAUAUGAAUAAAGUUAUACUGUGGAAA